AUUUUCAAAAUCAGAUAUUUUUUAAUCUUUAGUUUUCCUAUUAUUUAUUAUCGUAUACUAAAGCAUGAAACAACCUUGGUGGAAGUAUGCCAUAUUUUGCUUCCACCCUAAAUUCGACACGGGGACAUGGACGAUUACUGCUGCCUUCUCCACCGUGGUGAUAUUUAGCGCAUUAUUUUUUAUUACACUGGCAUUUUCAGCACCAAAGUGCUUCUGCCCUGAAAUAUGGGAACACAUCGAUGCUCUUUCACCCGAAUUUAAAGCCAUCUAUGCCAUUGCAAUAUUUCUUCUCUUGGGCGUUGUAAUUGUAUCAGUUCUAUGCAUGUACGGCACCUUCAAGGCGCAAUCCGGCAAACUGAUUCCGUAUAUCUUAACAAUGACCGUCAUUUCCAUAGGUACAUUAGGCGGUUCUGUUUUUAUAUUCAUUCAACUUGCGUAUAUCGAUCAAUUUUUGCUCUUCGACAACAGCACUUAUUGGAAUCUAGCAAAAAUGUUAAGCGAAUUCAAAUAUCGAACUCAAGUCGUAGGAGGGUUGAUCAAUCCGUUGUUUGUUGACCCACCAAACUCUGUUCUCAAAGAGGAUCUCAUUUCAAAUCUCGAAGGCAUGUGGGCAUCAAUCAACAUUUUAUUAAAGAAUUUCCUAAACAUAGAUAUGGGCGACGAACUAAAUCUUAACAUGUUAUUAGACGCAGCCUUGAGAGAUGAAAUCUUAAUACUGAUGGGCGCUGGAAAAAGAGUAAUGAAAAUUUCGGCCGUUCUUUUGCUACUCGGAAUGAACUGGCUCUUUUUUGCAUCUUUGAUCGUCACAUUUGCACACUGGAGAAGAUUAAAAUCAGGAGUCGUGACUCAUUUUUCACCAGUUCCUAAUAUUAUACUCAGUCAAAAAUUGACAUCUGAAUCCUACAGAAGUACAGAGUCGGAUACACUUAGCGAUGAUUACAGUGGACUUUCACUUCGUGAACUUAAACGAAUGAAAUCAAGGCAGUACAGGAGAGCGGGAAGUCGCACUGGUUCAUCACGCAGUUCAAAACGAUUAUAUGACAUAGGAAGACUAGAGGUCGAAGAAAAAUUUCCACGAGAGAAUUUCCUUUGAGGAAAUUUUUCUCUUAUAGUUAGUGCCUUCCGGUUGAAAUGUUACCAAAAUCUACGGGGCCAAAUUUUCCAAACACUUCAUGAAGUUAUAUACAACAAAAAGAAAAUGACGCGAAUUUCUUCCCGCCAAAGGCUCAACCAAAGCUGCUAAAUAUUAGGCUUUUGUUACUUACGUUGGUACGUACGAUUCGACUCCGAAUACUAUGGAAAAAGGUUGAUAUUUAUUUUAUUUUUACACAGUCCAGAAUUCAUGUUUCAUGAACAUUUUUCGCAAAAGUAUCGCGCCUGGCUGUUGUACCAAUGAACAAUUUUUUUUCAAGGGCAAUUUUCGAAAAUAUCAGUCCACUAAGCUUAUGUCGCUUGAUAAUGUUAAACCAAUCAACAUUGAUGACGAAAUAAUCAAAAAAAAAAGGUCCGACGUAAUUAUGCUUAAGCACUUUGCAUUAUUACGUAUAUAGAUAUGAAAUUGCACAAAGCCUUUUUUCUUUUUUAAAUCACAACCUAACGUUCUUUUACAACCACAUAUUUUGUUUUUCUGAUACGUAACUGAAAAUUUCACACAAUUUCAAUUUUUUUCUUCAGUGCCAUAUCGUUUCGAUAGCCAAUUGUUAAGUCUUCCUCAAACAUGGCAAAUUUACGGCAUUUUUCUUCUAAUACCUUAGUGCCAAAUUGUGCCUUUUUAUUAUUUAUUUUUAUAAUUACCGAAUAAAUGGUCUCCUGCAUUAUUACAUCAUAUGCCUUCCAAUAUCGUUUCUCAUCCGCGAGUUUAUGAUCUUUGUAUUGAGAAAUUACUUUCCACUAAGAAUAAAGUACACCGAUAAAACUUGAAAUCGAGCAUCUAGCUAAAGGCUAGGUAAUUUUUACCGAAAAAGAAUAAAUACCUCGUCUUCGUUCCUGUAAGCACUCUGCUUUUUGCACAUGAUUAAACAGCAUUUUCUUAAAAAUGUCUUGGAAUUUUAUUUUUCUGUCUCAUUGUGUCAAUUAUGUUAUAAAUGAACAAAACUACUACGAUUAUUAUUUUUUUUUUAAAUAAUGUUUAUCUCUUUGUUAAAUAUAUAUGUUUUUGAUCAUGAUUACACAUUAAAUAACCAAGUAAUUCAGAUUCUACUACUUUUAUGUGUGAUAAUUAACAUUAUUAAACGUUAUGUGCAAAGUUAACACAAGCGCUCUUCCACGUAAGUGCAAUCGAACUUGAGUGAAAGUCCCAUUUUUUUGAUUUACCAGAUUAUUAGUGUGUGAUGAAAUUUUUUUUAAUUUCUUGAAAUACGUAUGUGACUUGGACAAGUAUUAUAAUGACUUUUUCAAUAAUGCAUAAAAAUGACGAAUCUCCCGCAACUUUUGCAUUGAUUUCCCAAACUGGAUAAUUUUGAACAAUGAACAAAUUUUAGAUCGUUAUGACGGAAAUAUUAGCCUUAUUUCUCUGAAUCAGACGAGUGGCAAUGCGGUAUACCCACACCCGAAUAGUCUGGUUUUUAAGCACCAUGCCUGUGAUUGAAUUUAUUCUCCAGGGAAGUCUUAAUAUAUGCCGUAAAUUGGACAUUAAUUACGAUUAUACAAUAAUGGAAAAUGUUACAGAAAACCGGUCAAUUCGAUUAUUUAGAUUGUUUUUCAAAGCCUAUUUUUUUCUAAUAUUACCAAAUUUAGACUAAAGUUUAGGAGAUAAUGACAACUUUAGAACAAGCGUGAUAAAGACUUUUGUCUUGUGUAGUGAAAACCAUUUCUCAUUUUACUUAUUCCGAAAUUUCAAUUCAUUCCUAAUUUUGCCAAAAGGCACGCCAUGACGACAACGUACGACUAUCAAUAACAAUAGAAUAAUAGAUUUUACAAUGAUUUCAAUAAAAGUUUUUAAUAUUGAUAUCGUAUAGAACAAUGGAUCAUAUAUAUACCAGCGAAAUUUGAGUCAAAAUUUUUUAAUUUUUGAUGAUCAAUAUUUAUUCAUAUAAUCCCGAUUGAAGAAAUAAACCAAAUUUUCCCUCGAAAUAACAUUUUCUUUAUGAUAUUUACUCAAAUAGUUGGUAUAUGAUCGGUUUUCCGUCUAAAUAAGCCAUUUUCUUUCGUUUAUUCCAUUCAUGUAUAUUUUCUUUAAUAAAUGUGCUUUUCUUUCUGCAAGACACUAUUAACAUUAUACCGCUUUUCUAUUUUCUAUUAUAAAUGGGCUUGUGGAAUAACAAUAAAUUUUGUAUAUAAUAUUUA